CGUAUACUACUGGGACUGAACGAUGUUACCAAACAUAUAGAACGUAUUAUCCAAAAACGCAAACAAAGAAAGGAUUUGACUAAACCAAUAUCAGAAGAAACAAAUGAAACGAAUAAUACUCUUACGCCUGUCAUUUUCGUCUGCCGUCGUGAUAUCAAGCCUUUACACCUAUGUUCUCAUUUAUUGUCCAUGGCAGCACUCGCCAACAUCAAGUUAAUUCAGUUACCUGCUAAUGCCGAAACGUUACUAGCGCAAGCCUUGAAGCUCCAACGGGUUUGUGUACUCUUUUUGGAGUUAAAUCAUACGGGUACAGAAGAAUCAUUACGAUUAGCAGUGAAUGAAGCACCUUGGGUGGAAGCACCUUGGUUAAAUCAGUCUAACAGUACAAAUGCCGUACCUUACAAGAAUACAAGGAUCAAAGUUUUGAAGACAACCGGAUCAUUUGUCAAAAAAUCAAAAAAGUAA